CUGACCUUGCUCCUGAGCAGCGCUGUUUCUCACCAGCCUCUGUCCCUUCUGGGGGUCAUAGGGCCAGACUGAGAGGGGGCUGCUCGCGUCACUGGUAGAGCAUUGCGUUCCCACAGCCCCACUUCCUCUAGCUCCUAAGCUCCUGCUGGAAACCUGGUGACCCCUCAGUCACCUAGCUCAGUCCCAUGGGCAGGGAAGUAGUACUGGCUGCCCUGCCAUUUGCCCCAGGGUAAUAAAUCAGGGCAGAGAAGAGCUGCCACCACCUCAAGUGUGGAGAGGAUAAAAGGAGAAGAGUUCUGGGAACCACAAGGCUUUAGGAGAUCCCAGAGAGACCAGGGGACCAGGGCAGCAUGGACGGAUGGAGCAGAAUCCCUCGUUGGGGCCUCCUGCUGGUGCUCUGGGGCUCUUGCACCUUCAGUCUCCCCACGGACACGGGCCCCUUCAGACGGAUCUUCCUCAAGAAAAUGCCCUCAAUCCGGGAAAGUCUGAAGGAGCGUGGCGUGGACGUGGCCAGGCUCCAGGCCAAAGGGAGCCAGUUCUCCAUGACAUUCUCAUUCAGCAACAGCACCUCUCCCGUGGUCCUCACCAACUAUCUGGAUACCCAGUAUUAUGGCGAGAUUGGCAUUGGCACCCCGCCCCAGACCUUCAAAGUCAUCUUUGACACAGGAUCGGCCAACCUCUGGGUGCCCUCCACCAAGUGCAGCCCUCUCUACACAGCCUGUGAGAUUCACAGCCUCUACGACUCCUCCGAAUCCUCCAGCUACACGGAGAAUGGGACGGAAUUCACCAUCCACUAUGGGUCCGGAAAGGUCAAAGGCUUCCUGAGCCAAGACAUGGUGACUGUGGGUGGAAUCACGGUGUCGCAGACGUUUGGAGAGGUCACGGAGCUGCCCCUGAUACCCUUCAUGCUGGCCAAGUUUGAUGGGGUUCUGGGCAUGGGCUUCCCUGCACAGGCUGUUGCUGGGGUCACCCCCGUCUUUGACCACAUCCUCGCGCAAAGGGUGCUGAAGGAGGACCUCUUCUCUGUCUACUACAGCAGGUCUCCAAAAACCUCUGAUCUUUCCUUUAGGAAUUCCCAUUUGCUGGGAGGAGAGAUUGUGCUGGGAGGCAGUGACCCCCAAUACUACCAAGGGAAUUUCCACUACGUGAGCAUCAGCAAGACUGGCUCCUGGCAGAUCAAAAUGAAAGGGGUGUCUGUGAGGUCAGCCACCUUGCUCUGUGAGGAGGGCUGCAUGGCGGUGGUGGAUACUGGUGCCUCCUACAUCUCAGGUCCCACCAGCUCCCUGAGGCUGCUCAUGGAGGCCCUGGGGGCCAAGGAGCUGAGCACAGAUGAAUAUGUCGUGAGCUGUAACGAGGUGCCUACACUCCCUGACAUCUCUUUCCACCUCGGAGGCAGAGCCUACACACUCACCAGUGCAGACUACGUAUUACAGGACCCCUACAGUAAUGAUGACCUGUGCACACUGGCCCUCCACGGCCUGGACGUCCCACCACCCACUGGGCCUGUCUGGGUCCUGGGCGCCAGCUUCAUCCGCAAGUUCUACACAGAAUUUGAUCGGCGUAACAAUCGAAUUGGCUUUGCUCUGGCCCACUGA